AUGGACUCGCCCGUGUCUUCUCAAGACGAUCGAGAUAUCGAAGUGAACGUUGUAUCAGGAGCCAGCAGUCCUGAUAUCACCUCCUCACCUUCCAGAAAAGACCAGAAGAGCCCCUUCUAUGAACUAAAGAAGGACAAAGAAGAAAAAGCUACUGGCAGUGCGCCAUACACAAGCUUUUCUAUCAGUUCGAUUUUGAACCGUGCGGAGCCGAGAAGAGAGUCCAAUGUCCUGGAAGCGGCGUUGGCUGCUAAUCAUUUUGGAAAUGCGAACGAUGCUAUGUUGUCUAGAUUGGGCCUGAUAUCUCAGUGGAGUGCUCUAGCUGGCAGGUAUGGGGGUUUGGUGCCCGCUCCAUGGUACUGGCAGAGACCACAAGACAGGACGACCCCUCCAAGAGAUUCCUAGGGAUGCCAACAUUUGACAAUUUUGGUACUGAAUGCAAGGAAAUGAUGAUCAGGUUCAGGUCAGGUCAGAGUUUAUUUGACCUUACAAUGAUGUGCAUAACUUGUGGUUGUUCUAUGAAGUGUAUAAUGUCAUGCAGUGGAAAGAACCAAUUUGAUGAUGCAGGAUUUACCUAUGUCACAUUCAGUUUUCCAUCAGGUAAUGAAUAUUAAAACAAUAAAUUGUUUAAUUAAGGUAUUCAUUUAUAGCAGGUACUCUCCGCAGUUACAGUCAAAACUUAGUCUUUAUUAAAUCUAUAUAUUAUCUCCUAUACUGCUAUAAAUCUACUGCACUGAUACUAUAAAG